UGUGCGCGCAGGGCGCAGGCGCGCCGGUCCCGGCAGCCCGUGAGACGCCCGCUGCUGGACGCGGGUAGCCGUCUGAGGUGCCGGAGCUGCGGGAGGAUGGAGCCGCUGAAGGUGGAAAAGUUCGCAACCGCCAACAGGGGAAACGGGCUGCGCGCCGUGACCCCGCUGCGCCCCGGAGAGCUGCUCUUCCGCUCGGAUCCCUUGGCGUACACGGUGUGCAAGGGGAGUCGUGGCGUUGUCUGCGACCGCUGCCUCCUCGGGAAGGAAAAGCUGAUGCGAUGCUCUCAGUGCCGCGUCGCCAAAUACUGUAGUGCUAAGUGUCAGAAAAAAGCUUGGCCAGACCACAAGCGGGAAUGCAAAUGCCUUAAAAGCUGCAAACCUAGAUAUCCUCCAGACUCCGUUCGACUUCUUGGCAGAGUUGUCUUCAAACUUAUGGAUGGAGCACCUUCAGAAUCAGAGAAGCUUUACUCAUUUUAUGAUCUGGAGUCAAAUAUUAACAAACUGACUGAAGAUAAGAAAGAGGGCCUCAGGCAACUUGUAAUGACAUUUCAACAUUUCAUGAGAGAAGAAAUACAGGAUGCCUCUCAGCUGCCACCUGCCUUUGACCUUUUUGAAGCCUUUGCAAAAGCUCUGAGCGUCUUGGAUGAAGACACGGUUUCUCCGAGGCCUUUCGGAAUGCUAUGCACAGGUCAUGUUUCUUCAUUACCAUUGAGGUUUGGAACCUCUGACUAUUUCAGCCUUCCAUUCUUGCCCUGUUUACAGGUGAUCUGCAACUCUUUCACCAUCUGUAAUGCAGAGAUGCAGGAAGUUGGUGUUGGCCUAUAUCCUAGUAUCUCUUUGCUCAAUCACAGCUGUGACCCCAACUGUUCGAUUGUGUUUAAUGGGCCCCACCUCUUACUGCGAGCAGUCCGAGACAUCGAGGUGGGAGAGGAGCUCACCAUCUGCUACCUGGAUAUGCUGAUGACCAGUGAGGAGCGCCGGAAGCAGCUGAGGGACCAGUACUGCUUUGAAUGUGACUGUUUCCGUUGCCAAACCCAGGACAAGGAUGCUGAUAUGCUAACUGGUGAUGAGCAAGUAUGGAAGGAAGUUCAAGAAUCCCUGAAAAAAAUUGAAGAACUGAAGGCACACUGGAAGUGGGAGCAGGUUCUGGCCAUGUGCCAGGCGAUCAUAAGCAGCAAUUCUGAACGGCUUCCCGAUAUCAACAUCUACCAGCUGAAGGUGCUCGACUGCGCCAUGGAUGCCUGCAUCAACCUCGGCCUGUUGGAGGAAGCCUUGUUCUAUGGUACUCGGACCAUGGAGCCAUACAGGAUUUUUUUCCCAGGAAGCCAUCCCGUCAGAGGCGUUCAAGUGAUGAAAGUUGGCAAACUGCAGCUACAUCAAGGCAUGUUUCCCCAAGCAAUGAAGAAUCUGAGACUGGCUUUUGAUAUUAUGAGAGUGACACAUGGCAGAGAACACAGCCUGAUUGAAGAUUUGAUUCUACUUUUAGAAGAAUGCGACGCCAACAUCAGAGCAUCCUAAGGGAACGCAGUCAGAGGGAAAGAUGGCGUGUGUCUUUGUUGAAUGCCUUAUUGAGGUCACACACUCUAUACUUUGUUAGCUGUGUGAACCUCUCCUAUUGGAAAUUCUGUUCUGUGUUUGUGUAGGUAAAUAAAGGCAGACGUGGUUUGCAAACCACAAGAAUCAUUAGUUGUAGAGAAGCACAAUUAUAAUAAAUUCAAAACAUUUGGUUGAGGA